CUGACGUGGUAGGAUCUUAGUCCAUUCCGGCGAACCAACAAAAACCUCACAGGGGAGAAGCUUCCGACUUUGAAGAAGGAAGACGACGAUCAGCCAGAGAGAUCAGAUAAUUCGAUCUUUUGAUUUGAUUUCCUGAAGAAAUUUUCGGAAUCGAAUAGAUAAAAGCACGAUGGGUUUUGUCGUCACAACCCUAAUUUUUGCAGUGGUCGGCGUGAUUGCUUCGCUUCUGGUGAGAAUCUGUUGCAGCAGAGGCGCAUCUACCAAUUUGCUUCACCUGACAUUGGUUGUCACAGCAGUAGUGUGUUCUUGGAUGAUGUGGGCAAUUGUUUACCUUGCACAGAUGAAACCACUAAUCGUUCCGAUUCUUAGCGAAGAAGAGUAGGAUGAAUAUUGAAGACUUUUAUUUCAAGGUUACGUAUGAGCAACAUGUUUGUGCAAACUCCAGGUCACCCUUUAUUGUUUCAAACUCCAUGCGGGGGUUUUAGGUGUGUACCUUUGGAAGAGAAUUGAAUUUACCAUAUAAAUGAAGCUUGGUUUUUUUUAUAUUUU